GGUGCAAAUAGAGUUCCUCUAGCCUUUUCCUCGACGAGAUCGGUCAUUCUCCUUCUCUCUCCCUCCCUCUUUCUCCCUCGCUCUCGUAUUCGCGCACGAGGUUCCGUUCCGCGCGGCCGAAACGCCCGAUCGACCAGCCGAUCAUUCGCUUGCUCGCUCGUAUACACGCGGCGGGAUCUCCCGUGUGACACCUGAGAAGCAGAUAACCUCGCCCGUUGUGAGAAAUUCUGCCAUCUGCUGAAACCGCUGCCAAUUCCACGCUCGCCGUACGGCCGUUAUCUAUUUUCGGAAGAUCGUGACCGGAGGGCCGCGAAGGAGAGAAAGAAGCGAGCGAAUCGACGAGGGAGAAUACGGAUCCUCUCGGAAACUAGUCUAUUGACGAAGCUGCCUGAAACUUGUCAUUGGAGGCAUGUUUGAGUGAAGCUACUGUUUAGUACAGACAGUCCUCGUCUUCGACGCCAUCUGGAGAGGCAACGGUCUGAAACGGAUGAUACACGUUUCAUUGUGAGAGCAGAGACAAUCAACUUGGGGGUUGAAAUUAAUAUAAUUAGCAUCACCAAGAUGUCUGGAACUAACGACAGUUUUAACAGUAACACCUGUGUGGUGUGCUAUAAGAAUGUUGAGAUCUACAGCAUCGGUAUGUGCGAGCAUCCUGUUUGUUACGAAUGCAGCACCAGGAUGAGGGUGCUCUGCCGGCAGAACGAGUGUCCCAUCUGUCGCCAGGAUCUGCCAAAAGUUGUGUUCACGCGAGAGAUAAAGCCCUUCCGUUAUUUAUGUAAAGGGAAUCUGAUAGAUGACCAAUACGCUAUCUAUUUUGGUAGUCCGGAUAUCCAAGAGAAAUUCAACGAUUUAUUAGCCAACACGUGCUCGAUGUGCAAGGAGAAGCAGGUGUUUGGUAGUUUCAAUAGCUUGAAGGAUCACAUGCGACAUCAACACGAGCUGCAUUACUGUGACUUAUGUGUAGAAAAUUUAAAGAUAUUUUCCCACGAGAGACGUUGUUACACGAGAGCGAGCCUGGCGCAGCAUCGGCGGAAGGGCGACCUCGACGACAAGAGUCACAAGGGCCACCCGCUCUGCGAGUUCUGCGACCAGCGUUAUAUGGACAACGACGAGCUCUACCGACACCUGCGACGCGACCACUUGUACUGUCACUUCUGCGACGCGGACGGUUUGCACCAAUACUACAGCUCAUACGACUACCUCAGAGAGCACUUCCGCCAAGAGCACUACCUGUGCGAGGAAGGGGUGUGCGCGGAGGAGAAGUUCACGAGUGUUUUCCGGACGGACAUAGACCUGAAGGCGCACAAGGCCAGCGUCCACGGCAAGCAGCUGAGCAAGGCCGCCGCGAAGCAGGCGAGAACGCUGGAGCUGGAGUUCACGUUGGCGCCGCGCGGCGAUAACCGCAUCAACAGACGCGGCAUGUUGAGCGCGUCGACGUCGAGGAACACGAGGGAGCACUGCAACAACAGCAGGGAUUAUCAGCAGCAGCAGCCCAGCUCGUCGUUCGAUCCGCCGUUCUUCGUGAGACAGCCGUCCGUCGAUGUGCAAAGCACCGACGAGUUCCCCACGCUGGGCAACGCCGCGCCCGUGGUGGUGCCCACGCUGACGCAGAGCAAGGGCCGCGGGAACGUCACCAUCCGCAGCACCGUGAGGAAUCAGCCGCUCGCGGUGACGGACGAAAACUUCCCGGCGCUGGGCCCGGACUCUGCCGGUAUCUCGAAGACGGUCAAUUUCAGCGUCACCAGCAACGCCGCCGGGAUGGCGCAGUGUCAGAAGGCCUCGUCGAACGUCUCCAUCCAAGUGAACCAUGAGGCUAACGGCACCGUCACCACCAGAGUGUCCGGCCCGAACAUCAGGAUACGUCCCGCUCAACUGUCCAUAGACUCCGAGUUCCCGGCAUUGGGCAACUCCGAGCCGUCUACCAGUACUGCCAACUCGACCCAGUGGAAGGAGGUCCUGCAGUGGACCUGUUCGAAAUCCGCGCCGACAAGCGCCUCCAAGAAGGUCCCACCCCUGUCGUCGUCGCCGAUCCGCGAAGACUUCCCGAGCCUCUCGAAGUCGUCCAAGUCGAAGAAGCAAUCGGUGAUCACGGUGGUGCCGACGUGGGGACAGAACGCUUCCACCAACAAUAACGCGAAAACAACGACGGACCUGACGAAGGGCAGGACGAAGAAGAAGAAGGUGAAGCAACAGACUUCGAACGGCAACAGCUCGAGCGGCAACGAGUCCAACAGUUCCAACGCGAACGCCUCCAAGAGGGACGCCGAGCAGACGCGAGAGUCCAAGGAAAGCUCGAACGCGUGCAAGACGACGGAGCACGCGAGCAGAAAGGACAAGAAGAAGAACAAGAACAACGUGGCGGAACCCGGCGGUGGCGACACGAACGGAGUGCAGAGGAAGCGCAGUGAGCUCAAGAUCGACAGUCUGAACACGACCAACAACAACAUCCACAAGGUGGAGGAUUUCCCCGCCCUCGGCAGCAGCAGCAGCAGGCUGUCGAACCCACCUCCCGGCUUCGGCUCGCCGGUGCCGCCGCCGCCGCCUGGCUUCUCCGUCAAGUACAACAGCCUGGACCGGUUGCACGGCAGCAACGGCCUGACCUUCACCAGCAGCUCCGGGGAGAGCUACUCUAUCCUGCCGCCGGCGGACGACGCCGGUCACGCGUACGCGUCACCGCCCGACUUUCAGAGGCGCAAUACUUGCCUGGUGGCGCGGCUGAACGAGGUGCUGCUGCAUCAGGACAAGAUCGACCAGUUCCGCUACGUGAGCGGCCUCUUCCGCGGCGGCACCUGCGACGCCGAGGAGUACUACACGCACUGUCGCGAGGUGAUGGGCAGCCACGCCUUCGAGAACGUCUUUCCCGAGCUGCUGGUGCUGCUGCCGGACAUCGCGAAGCAGCAGGAGCUGUUUAAGGUGCACAAGCGGGAACUGGCCGGGAAAGCGAAGGGAUUGGAGGUGUGCGCGACCUGCGGCCAAGUGGCGAAGAACGGCGCGGACUUUCGCGCGCAUAUGUCCAGUCACACGCUGGAGAACCAUUUCCCGGCGCUCGGCAAGAGCAGCACCCCGCCGCUGAAGAACACCUGGGUGCGUAAAUGAGUCGAUCCAGCCCUUUCUCUCCUCCCCGUCGCGUCGAUCGUUCCUCUGCUGUUGAAACCAUUCUUGUAAAUACCUCGCUCUCUUCUUGUUUGUACCGUCGAGUAAUCCUCCCCUUCAUCGAACCGUGUCUCUCUAAUACGUAAUGCGAACGGUAUACUCAUUGCGAGAAAGUCUAUCCGGACGAACUUGCGUUAUCGCGCAAGAAGGAAAUCAGUCAAUCGUGAUCCGUGCAGAAAAAGGGUGUUUUCUAUAUCAGAUACAUGAUUGCUCCUCCUGCAUAUGCAUUAUGCUCGUCUAGAUAGGCCUUUAGGCAUCGCAACGCGAGAAAAUUCGCCAACAUAGAGCUAGCGCCGAUUAUUCGCGGUAAAGUUUUACGUUGAGUACAUCGAGGGGCGCUCGAAUGGUCUAGUGGAAAAUGACACAUUAAAAAGAUUACAUGUAUACAUAUGUAUAUAUAUAUGUAUACAUAUGUACACACAUAUAUAUAUAUAUACAUAUACAUUAGAGGAGGUCGCCUCAAAACGUAGUGGGAAUCACAAAAAAGCGAGCAAAUUCACUAGUUGUUGGCCAAUAAAAUUAUAAAUAUUCUGGUAAAUUCGUUCACUUCUGUAAUUCUCGCUACGUCUUGAGGCACGCAAUCAACCCUCACUUCCCUCUCCCCCCCCCCGAGCUUAUACAGACGGUUGUAUUAAUGAUGUAAUAAAAGGCCCAGCGACGUGAACGCUGAUACAGAUCAGAUAUUUUUUUGUAUAAAUAAACUUUAUGAGAGAGAAGAGAUAAGAUGCCGAAUAAAUACAAAGUCUGUUAAACAUUGUGUGAAGGGAGAGAAAGAGAGAGAGAACACGCGGGCGGGCGCGCGCACGCGCUAAACGAUUUCAACGACUCUUCAUUUCCGCUGUAUUUUAAGAUACCGUAUUGUACAUACAGUUCGUAAAUAGCAGCAGCGUUCCUUCCGUAAUUUAUUUGCCAUGUUUCUUGGAGUAGAGAAGUGAAAAGUAGAUUGCCGUGGUUAUUAUGAAUACCGUAACACCGUACAUUAACAGAUCGUUUGAUACAUUAUACAGUACUUGUGUAGCACUAUACUGUACUGUUUUGUACUGUAAUAAAGUUGUACAUUCAGUUAACGACAA